CACAUUGGACCUUCAAAGAUAGAAGUCAGACGACUAUUUGGGGUUUGAUGUGUUCAAAUGUGAUGCAAGUGUAAUUAAUAAGUUAAUAGUUGAUAACUAUUUACCAUUAUAAAACUACAAUACUCUUCGUGUUCUAUUCUAUCAUAUUGUAGGUGAUUGUCAUGCAAGUGUAUCAAGUACCGUAUUUAUUUAUUUUUACUAUAAGUUGCACCCGAGCAUAAGUCACACCAGCUAAAAAAUGCACUAUGAAUCAAUGUCAACUUUUGUGGGAGAAUUUUAUUUUAUCAAAGACCAAGAGCAAACAAUAUACAUGACAGUAAUAACAAUAAAAUGGAGAACAACAGCUGUCUAUUAACAUAUUAUGCAUUUAAUGAAUGAGAGCAAGUUGAAUAGUCUUUAUUUGUAAUCCAUUCAGGAUGCAAAGCAUUUGAUCAUUCACAGAAUGAAAUAUUCAUUCCAUUGCAGGGAUGAAAAAAUGGAUGUAUAGAUUGAUAUUGCUGUCGAUAUAUUGAGCUAGAUAGCUUUUUAGAUGCUAGUGUACAGCUAGCCUUCAUCACACAUACCAUCAAUUUUUGAUUGUUAAAUGCACACUGCGUUAACAAGUAAUGUAGUGCCAGUGUGAAAAGGCCUUUUCACUCUAGCUGGUAGUGGCAGCCCAGUGCGAAUGGGUCUUAUAGUAACGUGGAAUACAACAGAUCCCCUGUCGUGGUGACGUAGCCGCAUCCAGGAAAUAGGCAAGCCGACUACUCUCGUCUGACACAAGGAUGUUUUUUUUUUUUUUUUUUUUUUUUUAAUUGUUGCACAAUAAAGCCACAACUUGUCAAUUUUUUUUUUUAAUUGUUGCACAAUAAAGCCACAACUUGUCUAAGUUUUUGGGGAGUGCAGCGGCCAUGAAAAGGCCUUACUAGCUUCAGCGAGAGUGUUGUAUCUAUAUAGCUUGGUAGCUACUAAAUAUACAGUCGAUCUCGUGCUCACUGAGUAGGUUAGGUCCUUGGCGAGCGUGUUAUGUCAUCGCUCUCCCCCUGUGUAAGAGUCCCAAAAUGUAAGCAAAAUUCUACGGAAAUGGUUCCAAAUUGCAAAGACGAUAACAUCAUUGUAAAAUGACGAGAAAAUUAGUAGCAAAAAACAAUCAGAUCCCGAAGAUUCAGAGAGGUGAAGCCUUAACAACAUAACAUAACUUGUUGUCUACCAAAUCCGUAAGUGUUCAUCUUCACUAUCAUUUCUGAACAGCUCCACCAAUACUGGAGGUUGAGGGCCUGGUUUCUUCUUGCAGCUGUCAAUCUUUCAGUUAACAGUGGAGAUGUUUGAUUACCUGGAGUGUGAACUCAACCUCUUCCUUGGCGUAUUUAGCUCGCUGGAUAUGUCUCGGUCAGUGUCAGUAACUGCUGCAGGCCAGUGUCGUCUGGCGCCGCUCAUCCAAGUCAUCUUGGACUGCAGCCAUCUGUACGACUACACAGUCAAGCUGCUAUUUAAGCUACACUCAUGCCUUCCAGCAGACACUCUGCAAGGCCACAGAGAUCGCUUCCAGGAACAGUUUAAAAAGUUGAAGAGUCUAUUUUAUCGCUCCAGUAACUUGCAGUACUUCAAGAGGUUGAUUCAGAUCCCACAGUUGCCCGAGAAUCCUCCAAACUUCCUGCGUGCAUCUGCCUUGUCAGAGCACAUCAGCCCAGUGGUCGUGAUCCCAGCUGAGUCGUCUUCCCCAGAAUCUGAACAUAUGGUGGAAACUGAUGACUUGGUGGACACAGACCUACCGGCUCCAGUGGAGACCAAAUUCGAUGACCUGUUUGGCACCUCUGCGGCAAUUGACCCGUUCAACUUCAAUAAUCAGAAUGGGAUGCGCAAGGACGAUAAAGACCGACUGAUUGAACAGCUGACAAGGGAAGUUCAAGCUCUCAAGGACGAGUUGGAAUCAUUUCGACUUGAGAGUGGACGAUUAUGUCAGGCCUUAAGGGGCCGUGUCAAUGAACUGGAGGCAGAGCUGGCAGAGCAAAGCCACCUGAGGCUACAGGCAGCAGGGGAGAGUGAGUUCUUGAAGGCUGAGCUUGAUGACCUGAGAAGGGUCAGAGAGGACACGGAGAAAGAGCAGCGGAGUCUAACAGAGAUAGAGAAAAAAGCUCAGGCCAAUGAGCAGCGCUAUACCAAGUUAAAGGAGAAGUACAGCGAGUUAGUACAAGGUCAUGCUGAAUUGCUGAGAAAGAAUGCAGAGGUGACCCGGCAGAUGACGGUGGCUCGGGCAGCACAGGAUGAAGUUGAUGCCAUGAGAAAAGAGAUGCAGGACAAGGUGAAAGCCGCCCAGGAUUUUGCAGACAAACAGGAACGAGCGCAACGGGAACGAGUUGAAGAGUUGCAGAGGGAGCUUGUAUCCAAUAUGGCAGAGCUGGAUUCCCUCAAAACCACCAUGGCUUCCUCACAACAGUCCAGUGAGGCACUCGGCACUCAACUAGCUGCCAUGGAAUCUGAGAAAGCGGCGCUCGUUGAAUCCUUGUCCAAGGUGAAGGCCGAGCUGGCUUUUCAAGGGGAGGAGCUCGAGCGUGUCCAAAGUUCAUUGGCAACUGAGAGGGAGAGCGGCGUGAAGACAGCAGAAGCCUUGCAGAAUCAGCUCAAUGACAAGGAGAGCAGGGAGCAGGCAUUAGAGAGCCAGCUGGUAACUGCCCGCUGGUCCAGUCUGCAGGGAGCUGUGGAAGAGGCAGAGAAGAUCAUCCAAGACUCACUGGCCCAGAUCGAUGAUCCAGCUCACAUUAGCUGCACUAGCUCAGCAGACUACCUGGCAUCCAGAUGUAAAGCAUCUGUAGACUGUGUGGAGCAGCUCCUUCCUGCCAGAGAUGCUUUUAUAGCUGAUGACACAGGUGUGUCUCAGUUGCUUAAAGUCGUAACCCAAUGUGGCCACCUAGUGGGCGACACAAUUGUUCAGGGCAGUGCCACCUCUCACAUGGUUCCUGUUGAACAGGCUGAUGUUCUUUCAGAAAGCGUGAAGGCGUGUGGUGCUGAAGCACUUCUUUUCCUGGGCCACAUGAAGAAGAAGGAGGACUUGAAAACUGCAGAUAACUGCAAACUGAAGGAGGCUCUCAAGGCCAUACUGGACACAGCAGAGAAAUUGCGUCCUAAGGGUCUGGAGUUGCAGCAAGGAGAGCUGGGAGAUCUUGUGGAGCAGGAAAUGGCGGCCACUUCUGCAGCUGUAGAAUCAGCUGCUGCCAGGAUAGAGGAAAUGCUCAACAAGUCUCGAGCAGUUGACACAGGCAUCAAAAUGGAGGUCAACGAGAGGAUCUUAGCUUCGUGCACGGACCUGAUGACAGCCAUUAAGGCACUUGUUCUUUCCUCCAAAGAUCUUCAAAGGGAAAUUGUGGAAAGUGGGAGGGGCGCAGCAUCUAAAAAGGAAUUCUAUGCCAAGAAUUCCCGUUGGACGGAGGGCCUUAUUUCUGCCUCCAAGGCAGUAGGAUGGGGUGCCACUGUCAUGGUGGAUGCGGCUGAUCUUGUGGUGCAAGGCAAAGGGAAGUUUGAGGAGUUGAUGGUGUGCUCUCGCGAAAUCGCGGCCAGCACAGCGCAACUUGUCGCUGCUUCAAAAGUUAAAGCAGACAAAGACAGUGGCAACUUGCAGCGCCUGCAACAGACGUCCCGAGGCGUCACCCAGGCUACUGCCGCUGUUGUGGCCUCCACCAAGUCUGGGAAGUCCCAGAUUGAAGACAAAGAUACAAUGGAUUUCUCCAGCAUGACGCUAACACAGAUCAAGCGACAAGAGAUGGACGCCCAGGUUCUGGUGCUGGAGCUGGAGACGCGCCUGCAGAAGGAGCGUGAGCGUCUCGGAGAGCUGAGGAAAAAACACUACGAGCUGGCGGGGGUUGCUGAGGGCUGGGAGGCCGACGAGGAGGGUUCAGGUUGACCGCAGCCCCAUCAUGGCCUUCGCCCAGAAGAAACUUGUAUUUAUACACUCUUCUCCAUCUCUCUCGCUAGUUUUUUCCAUUCUUGUUUGUUAAUCAAGCCAAAUGAAAUGGUGCUUGCUCUCUAAAUCCACAUCACCCCCCCCCCCCCCCCCCACGAAUCGCGCCGAGGGCUCGUCGAGGCUCGGAAGGUAGGACGACCCGACCUAACCCCCUCAAAGACUGUGUGUCCGCGUAGAGGAAAGUCUACCACUUAAUUUAUUAUCCUUGCUCCUUGUUUUCAAAUUUGUAACGAACACACAAUAAGUUUCAUUCGAGACAUGAUGAGCACAAGUUCUAAGAGGACUAAAUGAAGCUUCUUCGCUAACAAGCUGGAGGGGCUACUUGUCGAGUCUGUGGCGAUUCACUGGACGGUCAGCCUUUCACUUUUUAGAAAAAAACCCGACUGUUAAAUCAUGGUUAACCUCCAUCGCAUUUCGGUUUUGAAAAUGUCACUUCUAUAGAAACCUGCAGCAAACUGCCAAGGAGGUAGCUUGCAACUCUUAUUGUAAACCAUUGCAGGUUAAAAGUAGCAGCUGCAGAAGAGCCAUUGAAAAAAAAAAAAAAACGCUACAUCAAAAUGACCCAUCAAUUUCCUCAUAAACAAGAGUUUUUAGGCCUAUUUUUAGUUCAAGUUCAAUUUAGUUCAAUUUUACAGCAGAAGGUUUAAAAGAGCCACAUGACAUCCCUAAUUGUCAAUGGCACUGUUAAGAGCGGCCAAUGAGUCAAGGAUGCCACACAGUAGCCGCUGUGUGUCCUUAGCUCUGUGCAGACCACAUAGCUGUGAGUAAAUGCCAACUUUCACUGUCAUCUUAGGUCACAAAACCUUCAACUGUGUCAAUAUUUGUCUCGCACUCAGUCGGCCCUCUUUUCAUUUGAAUAAGGAAUGCAAAGCGGUGCAGGUUUAAACCAAUAGACGUCAUCUUUGUUAUCCGACUGAGGCUCGUAACAACGUCUGGGUUAAGCGAUUGUGUGUCUUAAACCUAUUUUGGGCACUAAAAGUUAUAAUUUAAUAGACGCAGCUUAAACAGUACUUGCCGAUAAUUCUUCAACAUCUGCUUGGAGCAGCUGAUGUAGUUUUAGAAAAAAAGUUCAUGUUAAACGGAUAUAUAUAUAAGGUGAAGUAAAGAUCCAGCACGUCUUAUUGCAGUGCUGUUGUUCCUGUAUUUAAUACGUGCUUUAGUUGGGCCAUUUUUCACUUCACACCACUUAUUAUUUGAGAAUAAUUUAAAUAGGGAAUACUAUUAAAGGGGGAUGGAUGGUGAGAAUAAUUCAUCUGUAUCUGGAGAUGAAACAAAACGCACCUUGAGUGCUGAACGCUUGUAUUUUUUUUUUUUUUAACCUCGUCUCGGGUCCGACGUCGUACCAGCUCAGCCAGCCUUUCAAACUGCCUCACACUGUAGUUUAAGAGACUACUCACUCACAUAGCGACAUUGACAUGUGUCUUUGUAUCGUGUACUAAAAUUAUGUCAGUGGGUUGUUUUUAUUUUUUCAGUUUUUAAAAAUAAAUAUUUCAACUUGUUAAUACA